AUGUCGCGGCGACUAACUUCCGCUGCCAGCAGGUGGCGUGGUGUAGUGGUUAGCGCCCUGCGAUGUGGAACCUAUGAUGCAGGUUCGAUUCCUUUUUGGUGGAAAUUUUUUUUGUCAUGAUGUUUUUCGAAAAAUUGAUGAAUUUUUGAUGAUGGAACGAAAAAUACCGUUCAAAGUUUUGAAAUUCACUAUUUUAUGCCGUUUUGAGAAAGACUUUCGACAAAAAAAAUUUUUGUCUUUCUUUGUCAUGCUCUAUGCAGAAAUUUUUGGUGUCGAGAAUAUUCUUUCAAGACUUCAUAGUUUUUUGUCAUAAAUAACAACUUAUCAUAGUUCUAUGCUUCUUUUCUCAUUCAUCAAAAAGUUGUUUCUUCAAAGUUGGCAGUUAGUUAAUCCACUUCCGGGUAUUUUUUUCCUCCCUGCAGCAUCGCCAUAUCCUCUCGAUUGCGAAAAUAAAGUGAAGCUGGACUUUGUUUCACAGUUUCAACACAUAAAAAUCUUAAAAAGAAGAAGAAAAAAGACUGAAUCUCAUAAAAUUUUUUAUUUUUUUUAUCAGAAAUUUUUUAAAGAAAGGGGUCGACCAUAAGCUUUAUGGUUGAAGAAGGAAACUCAUAGCAAAAAAAAUUUUUGUCAAAAUUCUUUCUCCGAAGGGCAUAAAAUGGUGAAUUAAAAUAUUUUGAACUGUUUUUUCACUCCAUCUUCAAAACUUACUAAUUUUUUUGAAGAAAAAAAUUGGCAAAAAUAAAUUUCCCCCAAAAAGUGGCCGAACCUGCAUCACAGGUUUCACUGCGCAAGGCCGCUAGCCACUACACCACGUCACCUUAGUCGCCGCGACAUAUUCCCUCCUUCCAUCUAAUGCAUUUUUCGCGUGCAAACUUCUAGAUGCCAUAACUCGACUAAAACCAAAAAGGCGCACUUUUUUCAACUUUAUUGGAAUCAGGGUGUCUUAAAGUACCUAUAUACCAAGUUUCAUCCAAUUCUCAACCCACCACCUUUUGCACUCCCCGUGUUAAAAAUAGGCUAUUUUGAGGUUUUAGGCCUUCAUUUCUCAAUAACUAGGAAUUUGUGCAAUUUGAGACUUUUAGGAUCUUCAUCUGGUACAUCAAGAAGGGUUCUGGUCAAUUUUCAGGAAAUGCCCAACCACAAAGUAAAAUGACCUCUCAUGACAGCGUAUAAAUAAAAAUACUUUCUCGGUUUUUAACUUCCUAAUUUGGUGGGAAAGGUCAAAACCAGUCUCUCAUUGAUAGCGUGACCCAGUCUCCGUCACUAAGGACUGACCAUUUCUCAAGUACCGACCUUUCUCAGAUUUUUCGCUUUUUUGUUGAUUUUUCUUUCUUUUCUUGAGUAAAUUAUUGAAUAAAAUCACUCUUAACACACUGAAAAUGCCUAGAAAGUCUUUUUUGAAGUUGUUUAACCCUAAUUUUAAGUCUGCAUGGAGCCUUUUUACUCAGUAACAAAAUCUUUAUAGACAAAAGGGGAACGAAAAGUUAUAGAAACCUUUUUUUGGAACUAACACUAGAUAUAAGUUCUGUACGAUUUUUAUUAGAUUCUUGGCCCGUUUUGCUGAUUUUUUUCUUUCUUUUCCCUUUCAAAAUAUUCUUCAGAUUACUCUCAUUAUACUGAAAAAAAGUGAAUGAAAUCUAUUUUUCAAGAAUAAAAUAGAAAAAGAUCCGAAAUCCGCCGCAGUAUUUUUUUUAUUAGGAAAGCAAAAAAACUCAUGAUAAAAACUUUUUUUGAAACGUGAGGACUACCGAUUCUCAAGUACCAUCCAAAAAAAGUUUUUUGUCCUUCCUUCCUGCUCAGAUUUAUAACCAAAUCACUUUUAAUUCACUGAAAAACUCUAUUAAGCCCUUUUUCCAAGCUUUCGAGUGCAAAUGGAUCAAAAAUCCGUCCUUCACUCAGCAAAAAAAAAACCGUUCCCUCAUUUUUUAUGUCUUUGUCAAUAAGGACCGAUCUCUCAAAUAUCCACCAACGACAGAUUCUUGGCCCUUUCUGUUGAUUUUUCACUUCUUUAAGGCUCUACCUUUGAUCAGAUUACUUUUUUCCCCCUGAAAAUAGUCUGGAAAGUUAUUUUAAAGCUAUUUCGUUCUUUCUCCAACUCUAGAUGGAACCGAAGUUCUUCAUACUAGUUGGAAAAAUUUUCAAAAAGAAAAAAAUAAUCUUACCAAAAAAUAACCUCUUCCAGGAUUUUACGUUCAAAAUUUCAACUAGGAAAAUGUAAUUUCUCUCAAACUACGAAAGUUUUUAGUGGCCACUAUAGAGGACUACUUGGAGAGGACACUAAAAUGGCCACUAAAUCCACCUCUAUAGUGGCCACUAUUUUCCGUUUUAGUGGCCACUUCAGUAGUUUUUCAUCCAGUAUUCCUUCCAGUAACUUUGAUAAUUUUAAAACAAACAUAUUGGAUCAGUUAUGUUGAUCUAUUGACCCUAAAGUGGUCACUAAAAUUUUUAGUGGUCUAGUAGUAGAACUUAGACCUCUAUAGUGGCCACUAAUUUUCAACCCCUCAAGUGGCCACUAAUUUGACAACUAUAGUUGCCACUAAAAGUCAAAACCCUACAGAGGCCACUAAAAAUUUUCACGGAAAGUACCUAGAAGAUCUAUAAAUAUCUACCAGAAAGAUGUAAAUAAGCUCAAAAAUUAAUCUGAACAUUUUUUUAUUUUUUUAUUUUUUUCGAGACCUCACCAUUAAUGAAAAAAAUGAUCCUGAGUCAGUUUUUUUCUACUAUUUUUUUCGCUUGGAAAAAUUUUAUUACACUCCAAAAAAACACCUAGGUUUUUUUAAUUUCAAAACUACAAAAAGUCUUUUUUUCAAACCUAUAUUGAGAUAUAGACUCAUUGCCUCGUAAAAAGAACGUUUUGCCAAAAAAUUUCGCCUAUAUGAGUUAUUUUCCACCUCGGCCGCUCAUAAAACAUUCUGAGCACUUUUAGGGAUCACUUUAGGGGCGUCAGAACUCUCAAGGGGUUGCUAAGAGUGCAGAAGUACUAUUCACCUUUUUUCCAGAAACGGAGUUUGUUCGAACUUGGCUGGAGCGGAAGUUCUGGGUGGUCUACGCGUUCGGAUUCGUCUUGCUCGCUUUGAUGGUCACACUUCUCGCCGUCGUCGUUCUCCUCGUUGUUCGUCUACAGCAUGUCGAAUCCGCUUCGAGAGUCGCCCUGGCCAAAUCCCAAGAUGAGAUGCAGAAAAUGGCGGCGGUUGGUUCAGUAUUACAACUUUUAUUAUUUUAAGAAAGCUUAUUUUGUUUUUUUCUAAAGUUCGGACUAUAGAUUGAGCUUUAAGACACAAAAAAAAGGUCGAUUUUACCUUUUUAAAACCACUUUUCUGCGUUUUCUCAAAGAUUCGGACUGAAAUUCGAGCUUUUGGAGGCAAAAAAGGGACAUUUUUUGAAGGUUUCUCUAAAACCCCAACAUUAAAGAUAGCUUAGAAAGAAAUAAAAGUCCAAAAUACACAAAAUAAAAAGAAAAGCCCUGCAAAAAAUGAAAAAAAAUUUAACUUUCUGGUCCAAAAUUAUAUCAUUCUUAGUUCAGAAAGUUUCUGCAUGUUUCAAAUCAAAUUCGCUCCAAUCAGACCGUUAAAACGCAGGAAAAAUUCAUCUUCUAAAAUAAAAUAUAAAAAUCACCUUCUAAUAAAUCGCUUUUUCAGUCCGUACGGAAUCCACUAGAGAGGCUACUUGGAAUGGCUCCGGGAGCAGCUUCUUUCAGACCACCAGGUGAAAUACAUUGAUUCAGUUCUGAAAUGCAUUAAAAAGAUUAAAAAUAUCGAAAAAUUGAAAAAAAAAAGAUAGUAAAAAAAUUUGGCUCAUGAAUUUUGCGUCCUGAAAGGAAAUUGCCUUUUUCGUAGGAGAGCGUGCGCCUUUAAUAAGAUUUAUUUCAAGUCAAAAAAGGUCAUUUUAACAGUUUUUUUGUUUUUAAACCACGGCGUUCCACGCAGUGAAAGCAAAUGUAAAAAGAUUGCCGCCGACCGAUGGAGCGCACUUUGUGCAGGCCCCCGCGAAAUUCAAAUUUUUUUCGGUUUUUAUGUCAUUUUUCGGUGGUUUUUCAAAUUAUUCUCUGUCUAUUCAUGUUUGGGUUUUGCGAGAUGUCCAUAUUGUGAAAUAGUAGCAUAUUACACGUCUAUUGAAAGCGGUUCCAUGGAAUUUCGUUCAAAACUGAGGGAGGAGUUAGUUUUUGAAAAUUCGUCAAUUUCUUUGUUCACAGUUUUCGCUGAUUUUGCUCGUUUCUUUUUAUAUAACUCUUUGUUUUUUUAAUUAGUUUCAUUGCCAAAUGUCAUUUUUUUCAUAAUCCGAGAUUCUUUUUGGUAAAUCACAGCUAGGCAGUGGUCGCGAAAAAAAUAUCCGAAUAAUAAACAAUUACUGGUGUUCAAAAACUAUAUAAUUAUCGUCUCCGAUGACCUGCUUCAUGUGUUCUACCAAAAAAUAAUGUAAGGUUGAGUGAACGUAAAGUGUUUUUUCUUCAGAGCGCGACUUAAAAAAUUCUUCAAUUACUCUCGGUUGUUGAAAUAUUUGUAAUCAGUAAUUUAGAGUUUUCCCCUUCCGAAAUCGUUCCUAAAUUUUUUUUAACGCAAGUGAAUGUUUUUUUUCACAUCAUAAUCUUCAAACUGACAAGAUUUCGAACAUUUCAGAAGUUAUUAUCCUAAAAUUGCAAAUUCUAAAAUUGAAAAAAACAAUUUUGAGUAUGCGAUAGUGCGUCUCGGUGUGCUUACACCCUAAACAUAGUGAGAGAUCGGGGCUUGUGUUGCCCCCGAUCUCUUUUGCCGUGGUUUCAUUGCCGCAUCGCUCGUUCAUGGAUUGAAAAGAUUCAUUAAUAAAAUGGCGAAUUAAAUCAUUAAAUAAAAUAUUAAAUCAAAAUGGGAUGGCGGUGUCGAGUGGUGGGCUGCGGGUCCGUUGCCGGUCCCCGGUCUUGUCCUGCCGUCGUCGUGGCGGGCUUUUAUAGUUGUCGACGGCGGCCCUGAAAGCUUGAAAGUUAUAAUUGGCUUUCAAUAGAGCGUGGGCUCGGGUGAGGGAUUGUGUGAUCUUGGAGGGCGUCGGGGUCGACGCCUCCGCGGCUCUUAGCGUCGCGAUCGGCUGAUCGUCGCGACGGUAAGAGCUGAUGUUAUCGGUGCGCAUCGGAAUGUUAUCUUAAAAGCCUUUGGGCCGUCUGGAGGACUUUGUCCAGUGUUUCAAUGGAGCGGAAAUAGCUGCAAUGAGCUAUGGGCUCCUACAACAUCAUAAUUUACGAGAAGUCUUGACCUUGCGUAAUAAAAAAAACGCCGUGAAACGAUAUUUUCGGAAUUAUCAGUUUUGUUAUGCCGUGUUCAAAAAAAUUUCCGCGAAAUGCAAAAUGGUCUCUGACCCUCCAAAAAUUAGUUAUCUUUCUCUUUCUCUGACAGCUAUUUUGAAUUUCGCGGAAUCACUUUGAACACGGCAUUAGAGAACUAAAAGGUUCACGGUUACUACCUUUCCUAUUUUCAAAAACGGAAUUUGUUGUUUGAUGGAUAAUUCAAUUAUUAAAAGCAGCUUUAAACUUAUUCCAUUAUUUCUUGGCUAUUCAAAUAGGUUUUUAUGAGGAAGUUUUUCUCAGAUUUUGAUGAAUUUGUUCAUAUUUUUUUCCUCCACUUGAAAAAAGAAACACUUAGACCUAUCUUCAAAAUUUUUCAGAUGGUGUUCCGGUGAGUGCAACGAUAACAGGUCCAAGACGAUUUCCGGAGAAUAAAUACAGCUGGGCCGGCUGCCAAAACUUGGGUAAAUGCACGAGGCCAGAGUUAGUUGUAAACUUUUGAAACCAAUUUAUUAAAUAUUGAAAAUUUCAGUUAUUUCGGAACAACGCCUCCGUUAUUAAUAAUAAGUCUGGACGGGUUUGCCAGAAGGUACUUGGAUCAUGGAAUCGUGAAAACGUUGGAUAAAAUUGCCGAAUGUGGAGCGAAAGCUGAGGUUAAGCUUGAUUUUCGUCCUGGAACCUUUUUUGUUGACUUUACGUUCAAAUUAUGACUGGAAAAAUCGGAAAAAAAUAAUCCAAUUUUCCUUUUUUUUUAAUUUUUUUGAGUUAUCGAUUCUAAAAAGUUUCAAAAAUUACUUUGGGGUUCUGAAUCUUCCUGUCUUCGAUUUUUUUGUUAUUUGUUGCUUGAAGCUUAAUAUUAUUGCUUUUUGAAAAAAAUUUAAAAAAAUUCAAAAACCUGGCUAACUAGUAAGAAAUAGUAAGAAUCGAAAAAAAUCCACUAAUUAAUUUUUCGUUAUUCACAUUUUGAGUUGGUUUUUGUAAUUUCAAAGCUGAAAUCGAUUCAGAAGGUUUCAAAAAUCAGUUUUAAUAUUUUUAAAAAUAAUUCGGAACUUUUUCUAAAAAAAUUAUGAAUCAAAAAAACAUUUUUUUAAACCUUUCUAGAUUGAUCUGAAAGCUCACUUGAUUAUUUAUUUCCAUUUUUUUUCCAUUUUCAGUACGUAAUUCCAUCAUUUCCGACCAAAACCUUCCCAAAUCACAACACAAUUGUUACUGGCCUGUAUCCAGAAUCUCAUGGAGUCGGUUGGUUUUGAAACCUUUAUAUAAAAAAAGCUCUAACUUUUCCAAAAAGUGUUUAAAGGCGCAUAGGUCUGUUUUCAUCUAAAACAGUGCCUGAAAGAGCUUUUUAAAAUCUUCUAUGCUUCUUUAACCUCUAAAAAUGUCGACCCAUUCCAAACGCGGUCAUUUUUUCCAAUUUUUCAGCCGACAACAACGUCUACGACCCCGCAGUCUCGCCAGACUUGGAGGACAUGAAAAAGACGAAAAAAGAUGAAAUUUUCCAGGGAGAACAGGUAUCUUUCUAUAGAGAAUUUCCUCAGCUUCAAAUUCAUCUAUUUUUUUCCAGAUUUGGAGCGUUUACAAGCGAGAAACAGGCCGGAAAACGGCGUCGAUGAUGUAUCCGAUGAGUAAUUAUAACGCGUCGGGAUUCGGACCCGACUACACUUUGCAGUACACGACCGACCUGCCAUUCAGGAAUCGUAUCAAAAUGGUGGGCAGAUAUAUAUUUUUAGGUGGUGUCCGCAAAAAAAGGUAAAAACGAACGGAUUUCAGGCCUAAACAUGUCUUUUUUUCCAAAACAAAAAAACUCGAGACAAUAUUUUUUUGGAUUAUUGAAUAAUUUUCUGAAACAGUAUCUUUUUAUGACAAUUAUAAAAAAAUCAAGAGUAUAACUUUCACUUGGGAAUCCAAAAACCAACGGAAAGAUCUUUUUCUUAAAAAAAUCAAAAAAAACCUCAUUUCUGUCCUUAUAAAGUCGGUAAAACAGUUUCUGGUUCAGAAUUUCCUACUCAAUUCAAAAAUACAACAAUAAUUGCAAAAUUCGCAAAAUGAGCGAAGUUUUAUAACGUUUAAUGUCCGAAGUUACUAGGCCAAAAAAACGCUUUUUUUAAUGGAAAAAUUCUCCUUUUUUAAGGUUUUUCGAAACUUCCUGGCUUUUUCCUAUGCGAAAUUUUCCCACUAAAUCCAAAAAAUUGACUCUUAUGUGUCAAUUCGAAAAAAUAACUUGAACCACUUUUUGUAUCAAAAUGUUCUGUUCGGGCGGAAACGGUUUUGAGGGGUUAUUUUUGCGUUUUUUUAAACUUUUACUACAGUUUUGCUACACAAACUGCUCGAAAUAGGGAAAUAUCUCGGAAAAAUGAGCCGAAAUAUGUUGAAAUCUAUUCCACUUUGCCCUAAAAAAUCGAAAAAUGUUCUGAAAUCAUUCAAAACACUGAAUAAAGCUUUUCAAAACCGGAAAGCCGUGCAUUCGACUCGAAACUGCUCUUGAAAAAAUUUAUAAUCUUUUUAAACUAUUAAAAUUUCUCUCGCCCUGAAAUCGAUUUAAAAAUGCGAAAUAAAGUUGAAGUCUUCAUCGGGAAAUUCGAAGGUUUAAUGGAAAAAAGUUUCUUGAGAACGUUCAGGACUCUAUGGGCUUUCUCCAUAGAGCGCAUAUAUUCUCAACUCUUUAUUUUAUUUUAUUUUCGAACUCUUCAAUUUUUACAGAUCAUAGAAUGGCUGGAAAAGCCCCUAGCGGAGCGGCCUGGACUCAUUGCCGCAUAUUAUCAUGAGCCGGAUAAUGCUGGUCAUUAUCAUCUGGACAGCAGCGAUGUAAACAGCAUUUGGAAUGGCUCAAGCCUUCAUUUCUUAAUUUUUAGAUUGACACAAUGCUCUAUUCGCUUGACAAAUGGCUGGACGACAUGAUGAGGGAUCUUUCCAAGGCCAAUCUUUUGGAAUGUAUCAAUUUGGUCGUCUUGGCUGAUCAUGGUGGGUUAAAAAUACAGUUUAAAGCAACUCCGGAAAAUUCUUAAUGUUCUGGGAGCGUCUAAAAUAAAUUCGCAGACAUAUGCUUUGGAAACGGAACAUAACUGACCUUUUUCUAAAGAUUUUCGCCUAGUUUAAAGGCGCAUGGGCCGCGACUCAAAGUAGGUCCUAACGCGAAAAUUGACAUUUUUUGAGGUUAGUAACGAUCUCACUCCGAUUACUCAUAGAGAAUUUUUCCUCAAUCUUUCGACUUAAUUUAAAGGCGCAUGUCAUUCUUCAAAAAGGGUCCUGACGCGAAAAUUGCCAUUUUUCGAAUGAAUUAAAGUGAUGCAGUGGGUUUAUGAAGCUUACUACUUAAGCUGAUUUUUUUCUCAAUAAAUAUGAUUUCUCCUCAAUUUUUUUGGCUUCAUUUAAAGGCGCAUGGACCGCUCUGCAAACGGGGUUUUGACGUGAAACAUUUCUUCUUUUUCAAAACUAACCGUCAAACAACUUUGAAGGAAUAAACGGACUUUUUUUCUUUAAUUUUUCGGCUUAGUUUAAAGGCACAUGGACCAAUCUUGAAAAAGGGUCUUGACACGAAAAUCGCCAUUUUGGAAUGAUAAGAAAACGGUUGACGGAAUUUUAACUAGAUGCAACGGAUUUACGAGCCUUACUACUUCAGCUUUUUUUUUAUUGUCAGUAAAGUAAUUUUACCUAGAACUUUCGACUUGAUUUAAAGGCGCAUGGACCACUUUUCAAAAAAGGUCCUGACAAGAAAAUUUCAUUCUGAUACGCAGAAUAGUUGAAAAAUACUUUCAGAGGGAAGCAAAGGAUGUCUUUUUUUAAUUUUUCGCGUAGAAUUAAACCGUUUAGGACCGCUUUUCAAAAAGGGUCUUGACGCGAAAAUUGUCAUUUUUUGGAUAUUAAAGGGUUAAUGAACUUUUAUAGGAAUGCAACGGAUCCACGACACUUACUACUUUGACGAGGUCGUCGACGACUUCGACAAGAUGAUCACGGUGAAAGGCGUCGUUGGCAGGAUCCAUCUGGACAAGUCGAGUGAGCCGCGACGCGUGUAUGGGCCGAACCGCGACGCGUCGCUUUUCAGACAGGACGGCCGAUGACGUGGCGGAGACAUUCACUUGCAACAAAAUGAAGGCGAAUGUCUGGACGAGGGACGAUUUGCCGACGAGGAAACAUUACGCGAAGACGCCUCGGGUUGGUGACGUCAUCGUCGAGGGACAUCCUGGAACCAUGUUCUAUUCGUGAGUUUUAGAGCAGUGGCUAGCGCUUUUGUCUCUGAAUCAGAGGGUCUCGAGUUCAAUUCCUGCCCACGCCAAACUUUUUUGCCAUUUCUUCUAUUGCUUUGGAGCAUCUUGAUUGAGUUAUAAGGCUAAAUCUAUGGUGCAAAGGGUUCCAAGUUCAAUUCCUGCCCACGUCAAACUUUUAUGCUGAUAUUUUUCUUCUAUAUUAGUGACGUCAUCAUCGAAUGAGUUGCUAGAGCCAUGUUCUGUUCGCGAGUUUUAGAGCAGUGGCUAGCGCUUUUGUCUCUGAAUCAGAGAGUCUCGAGUUCAAAUCCUGCCCACGUCGAAUUGUUUGCCAUUUUUGUACUCCUUUCAAAAGCUCUAGAGCAUAGAGCAGCAGGUUGAGUUAUAAGGCUAAAUCUAUGGUACAAAGGGUUCCAAGUUCGAUUCCUGCCCACGUCAAACUUUUUUGCUGAUAUUUUUCUUCUACAUUAAUGACGUCAUCAUCGAGUGAGUUUCUAGAACCGUUCUAUUCGUGAGUUUUAGAGCAGUGGUUAGCGCUUUUGUCUCUGAAUCAGAGGGUCUCGAGUUCAAUUCCUGCCUACGCCAAACAUUUUUGCAAUUUUUUUCUCUAUUCCUUUCAAAAGCUGUAGGGCUCCCCAAAGGGCUAAAAAUUGGGUGGUUUCUAUAGGAGCUUAGAGUCUGAAGCUUGAGCCCAAGUGCUCCCUUCAGUGGUCUUUUAUUUAUUCAUUGUUAUGACUUGGAAGUUAAACAUGAGUUUAGUGACCCUAGAGUGACAAAUUUUACAAGCUUCAGCACCCCCUGUAGAAGGAGAUAAGGUGGUCCCUUGAGGGGUCCUACAAGAGCCUCCAAAGUUGCCCCUCUAGUGACCACACUCUAGAAUCUCUAAGUUCCAUGUUUGAUCCUCAAAGCCAAAAAAGACUAUUCAAUGUUUCUUUUAAGGACUCGGAAAGACGACUAUUUCCUAACGGGAGACCAUGGCUACGACUACAUCCAACCCCAUUUACACACAAUUUUCUUCGCCCGUGGUCCUUCCAUCAAACAAAAUGUCACGAUUCCCGCUUUUCAGAACGUCGAGUACAUGAAUUUGUGGAUGGGUUGGUUUUGAAAAGAGUUUUUUGAGCUUCUAGAAGUUUUUUAAACUUCUUUUGGAAGCUCUGUUUCUUCUGAAGGUUCAAAGAAGCCUAUUUAAGGUUCAGAAGGGCUAAUAAUCUUGAAAUUUUAUAUUUUCCAAAAAAAGAUUUUGAAAAGUUCGAAAGUUCAACUUUAGAUGAAACUAGAAUUUCGAAAAUGGUUUUGAGUAGAAUUAAAGAUUCAAAAAUGACUUUGAAAGCUCUUCACAUUGAAAAAAAUCUAUACAUAACUAGCUUGAAAUCGAAAAAAAAAAUUGUUUCCAGUAGAAAAUUUGAGCUUUUCAAGGCUUUAAUUUUAUUUUUUUCAAUUUUUACAAUUACUUCUUAAGGUUAUAGAGGUUAUGCUUCAAGGUUUUUGAGACUAUUCUGAAGGUUAUUUUUAGGUUAAGUCAAGGGAUACUUUUAAAGAUGGUUUUUAGGGUAAUUUUAAAGGAGUUUUUAGGGUUAUUUUUAAAAAGUUAAUUUUUUUAAAAGUCGUUCAAGGGCGAAGCUUCAGUGCUUGAAAAAAAUGACUGAAUUCUGAAAAAAAUGAAUUAAAAAAAUAAAAAAAGCCUGGAAAUAAAAAAAUUUUCAAGUUUCAUAGGAUAAAAAAAGUCGUCUAGGCCUUUAUCUAUUCAAAAUUUCGAUAGAAAUCCAAAAAAACAAGAUUUUCAAGCCUUUAGGUUGAUUAAUACCCAGUUUUUGAUUAAAAUCCCGUCUCCAGACCUUCUCGAACUCAAAACCCGAGUACCGAACAAUGGAACGAAAGGCACGUUCGACGAGAUUUUAGUGAGACCUCAAAUUCGCCCGGCUUUUCCUGUGCCUUUCUUGAGGUUUUCUCGAAAAAAUCAUUUUUCUCAAAUUUUAUAUCAUUCAGUGAAUGUCCUGGACUACUUCCAUCAGCCGCAAAACCGUGUGGAAAUUCGAAUUGUCCGAAAAUCCAGGAUAUUUCCGAAAAACUGGCCUUUUGUGCUCAAAACCCACGCCUGAGGGCUCCAAUUAUCGCUCAAAAUCAUGCCUGUUUUAUGGAUUAUUGUAAUAAUUUGUUGAUAGCAACGGACAACAAAGGUUUGGAAUUUUUUUUCAGGAAAAAAGAAAAAAAAUUUUUUCAGUGAAAAACUCUGGUGGAAUGGGUUGAUAAAAAGUCGGAAAUUUGAAAAUUCCGGUUGCCAAAUUAUUAAUGAAAAAAAUAUUCUUCGACUUUUCCUUGUCCUCCAGAUCAACCAAAAAGAUUAUCAGUAGCGGUUAAUAAUGGCUCAGGUGAGAAAAAGGUAGAAACAUUUCAAGAAAAAUUUUUUUUUCAGAAUUUUCAAGCUUUUUGACCAAUUUUGACGCUCCUGAAGCUUUCCAGUCAAGUUUAAUUUUAUUUAAUUUUCAAAAAUGAUUUUUGAAAGUUCAGAAAUGCUUGAAGUUCUGAAUUCGGAGACGGAAAUGUACUUGGAGAAGUUUGGGCGACUUUUAGCGAUUUCUGGAACGGCUCAUGAUGCGAAUUUCGAUGGAAAAGCUGAUGAAAAUCAGAGGUUCGUUUGUGUAAUAUGAGCAAUUAUGAGCAAUGGGAACUUAAAAUCGGUUAGAAUAUAGCUGAUUCUGGCUUGAGCCAUCAAAAAAGGGUCCUGACACGGUAAUGCACGAGAUAGCGCCUGUAUCGUGGAGAGCGCAGACAGGCCACGCCCCCUUAGCGUCGCAAGCUGGCCGUGAAUCAGCUAUAUCAAGUUUGAGACAAAAAGAAGUUUGAAGGAAAAAAUGCUUAACAGAACCAAUUUAGAAACGUUGGAGGGGUCCCUAUAGGAGUGCAAUGAAAGGUACCCUAUAGGGACCACUGAAGCUUCAGGGGCUUAGGGGCCAGACUUUGAACCCCUAUAGGGGCCACUAAAACUUGAUAAUCAAAAUUUCCCCUAUAGGGAUUUUUCAAACAACAAAACCCUUAGGGAACCCCUCCGAAAUUUUCCAGAUGAGAUUUAUUUCUUGAGGGUUCUUAAGUGAUCCCUUGGAAAAUGCUAAGUGACUACUCAAGGGGCUCAUUUUCUGUACUCCUCGUUGAUCUUCUUUGUAUGCUUCCAAAUAAACUCUUGGAAGGCUCCUUGACCUAACAGAGGUCACUUAAGGGAUCCCUUUUCUUGCAAGGCUUCUCUAACAACCGCAACGCGACCGCGACGCUUCGGGUCAAAAUAUUAAAGUUCAAGAUCAAAUAUUUCUCUGAUCGAUCUCGCUUUAAACCUCAAUUCUUUAUCGACUACGCUAGACUGAUGUUACCCUGAGAGGUCACUUAAGGGACCACUUGAAUCUUCCGAGGCAUCUAUAAACCGAAAUGCGACCGCUCCGAAACUCAAAAAAACUUUUCCCCGGCUUUCAAACUGAAAUUUCAAUACCCCAUGCUACUCCUAGCUUCUCAGAAAAAAAUUCCUAAAACGGCUGAUUUUUCAUUCUCAGUGGCGCCCCAACGCACUUCUACCGUAUCCUAGCGAAAUGCGACAGUGGCUGGGCCGAUUCGGCGGCUCCUCGGUGCAAAAAACCCGAAGAUCUUGAGGCGAUCGCCUUUAUUUUGCCCAUCAACGACAAGCCGAACCGCAAUUGCUUGGUAUGGCUUAGUAUUGCUCACAUUUGCUCAUGAUUACUUUCUCAGGAUCAAAGAAGCCUUCUCACCGAGUACAUGGCGCGGGUGAAGGACGUCGAGCUCAUCUCCGGCCUUGAGUUCCAGUUCGACGGCUUGGAUCGUCGAGCAAAUAUGCUCCUCCGAAAAAAGAUUCUGAUUAGCCUGUGGUGAUUAGGAAUGUCUAGAAAAUAGUCAAUUCAUCGCUGUUUUGGGACAUUUUGAGCUGAAAGUACAGAAAAGGUUUUUUAGAGACCUGUCUCCUUUAGAAAUGAGAUUUUUGAUAAAAGAUAAAUUUAUUUGAGCUAGAAAGCUUUUUUCAAACCUCUCCUAAGCACUUUUUGAACACAAUCAGCUUGAAGUCCUUUUUGAAAGUCUCAAGACCUCGAAUUUUUGUCUCAAGACCUCGAAACCUUGUCUCAAGACAGCGGUGAACGAACUUUAGAUCCAAAUUCUGUUGUUUUACACGGUUCGGGUUGAAUUUCCUCGGGUCAAACGUGUGCUUCUAGCUUUUUCCUUGAAUAAACUUGUUGAUUCAAGAAGGGUUGAUGAAAUUGACGUGAAAUCCAUGGGCAUUCCUGUCCAUGUCGUUUUUAGCGUCGCCGGAUCGGUCUAUAGCGACGCCGAUUUCGAAUGCCAAGCAGUCCGUGAGAGAAAAACCAGGUUCUUAUUGAAAUUACUUAGGAACUCUAAGUGGCCCCUAUAGGGGCUAGGGACUCUUUAAGGCUCCUGUCUAGGGGCCAUUUUUCCUGCCCUAUAGGGUCCUUAAACAGAGACUACCCAAGUUUUACCCCUCUAGGGAUCACUUUUUUGUGUUCUAUAGGGGCUGUUUUUCACUCUGGCGCAGAGCUGCUGACCAGACCGGGCGCCCCGGGACCACUUUUUCGAUCCCUAGGAUAUUUUUACUCCCCCAACCCCUAUAGGGACCACUCUGGAAUUCCUAAGCAUUUACUGGUUUUUUUGUAUCUCUAAUGCAACCUUAAGCUCUCUAGGAUCAAGUCAAGGUACCUUCAAUUAGAAAUUAUCAGUUCGAUUAAAAUGUGACCUAAAGCCGGAAAAAUUUUUCGUCUCAAAAUACUCUUUCCAGCUUCUACCUGGAUCCCCAACCCAAAUGCUUUUCGCGAAAAUUUCUCGGCGAUAUCGAAAAAUGAAGCCAAUUCGAAGAAAGAAGUCCAAGUGGAAGUGGAAAAGAAGCCACCGCCGCCCGAGAAAAAAUGGCGGUCCGAGUACACGGCUUGGAUCAUACAAGCCGUCGGAUUUCUGAUCCUUUUGGUCAUUUUGAUGGCCAUUUAUUUCCGUUUGACCUAUGCAGAGGACCAUUUUGUCGGAGCGAUUACACAGUCCCGGCAGGAGACUAUAACGAUUGUCAAGGCAAGUUCUGGGCUUGAAAACGCGCCUGGUCGCACUUGGAAUGGCUACGGUGCCGUUUGGCGAGAACUGUUUAAAGUCCGGCGCGCUUUGAAGCAACUUUUUCGCAGCCAUUCCACGUGCGGUCAUGUGCUUCGAGUUUAAGGAAAAAUGGCUUUUUUUGUACUUUUUUUUGCAAGAUGAAGUAGAAAAAAUUUCCAGAAUAUCCAAGAAAAAGUCCUCAACGAGUCUACUAAAGGUUUUUCCCUUCAAAUUUAAAAAAAAAAAUAUCAAUUUAAGAAUCAAAAUGGAAGGAAAAAUACCCAUGGGCAGGAUGUGAAAAACUGGGAAAAUGUGAGAGAACAGAGUAAGUCAGAAGCUUUUUGAGCCAUUCUACAUGCGGCCAAAAUAUUUUUUCAAAGUGCAACCGACCUUAAAACGGUUUGCGCAUCAGUUCAUAUGAAAAUAUCGAAAGUCUAGGCUAAUCUAUUCUUAUUAUGAUUCUUUGAGUUUGCAUCGGACUUGAAACGACUUGCGCAUCAAUAUAUUUCAAAAAAUGAAAUAAAAUGCACAUAAAUGUUUUGAUCAAUUUCCAAUGCGGCAGUAAUAAUUAUUUGGGUUACAACCGACCUUAAAACGGCUGACGCUUCAGUUUAUGAAUUAGGAACACUUGAGCUGCAUGACCACCUCAGUUUGAGCCAUUCUAAAUGCGACCAAAAUUUUUUUCAAAAGUGCAACCGACCUUAAAACGACUUUCGCAUCACUACAUGACACGAUCUUCCCUUUCUAAGCCGACUUUUAUCCGACCGAAGUUUUCUAAUUUGCAACCGACUUCAACCGGCUUACGCUUUCCCCAUGCCGUCAGAGGCCUUUUCCAAAUUUCACCCGACUUCUUACGACUUGCGCUUUAGUUCAUUGAAAGACCAGACAAUGUAAAACACAUUCGCAUCAAUUGAAAAGAACCAAAAAUUAAUCCAUACUACGCGACCGCAGCGCCUCGAUCCAUUCCCAAUGCGGUCAUUCUUUUUUUUUAGUUACGCUGGUCUGACUCCACCGCUGGUGAUCCUAAGCCUGGACGGCUUCGCCAAAAGAUACUUGGACCGUGGAAUCGUGACGUCACUCGACGCGAUGGCCGAAUGCGGAGUCCGUGCCGAGGUUCUAUUGCUCAUGUUUGCUCAGUAAUCCUAUGGAAAGUAGUACGUCAAUCCGUCUUUUCCAUCUUCGACCUUUCCGAAUCAUCACACCAUUCUCACUGGAUUAUAUCCGGAAUCGCACGGAGUUGGUAGGGUCGCAUUUGGAAUGGCUCGAUCCAUUCCAAAUGCGACCAAAAUUUGAUGGAAUAUUCAGUCGAUAACAACGUCUACGACCCACUCAUCUCAGCAACGGUUCAAGAUAUGAAGAAAACGCAGGAAACCAAACUUUUCCUGGCUGAUACGGUAGGAAAUAUCAAACUACAGUAACCUACCGUAUCUUCAAAGAUUUGGGAAGUUUACAAGAAGGAAACCGGGAAUAAGACGGCGUGUUUGAUGUUCCCCCUAUGUGUUUAUAAUCACACGGGUUACGGUAACGACUACAAAUUUGUUUAUUCGAUGAAAAUGUCUUUCGAUGACCGUAUCAAACAGGUGGGAGAAUUUUCGGAUUACUUAUGACCGCAUUUGGAAUGGCUUAGAACUCGUAGAGUUGAAAAAAGUAGCCUAUUGUGGUUCACAUGUAGCAAUGUAUUUGCAAGCCUAGAAAAAUCAAUGACCGCAUUUGGAAUGGCUUAUGAUUCGUAGAUCUGAAAAAAGUAGCCUAGUGUGGUUCAAAUGUAGCAAUGUUGUAUUUUUCGAGCCUAGAAGAAUCAAUGACCGCAUUUGGAAUGGCUUAAAGUGCAUGGCUGGAGGGUUUUCGGAUUAUUUAUGACCGCAUUUGGAAUGGCUUAUGAUUCUUAUAGCUUGAAGAAGUAGCCUAGCGUGAUUCAAAUGUAACUAUGUUGAAUUUUUUGAACCUAGAAGAAUCAAUGAUUGCAUUUUGAAUGGCUCAAGGAGCAUGGCGGUCGCGGUUACUGUCAGAAAAGGGUUGAAAAUCGAGUUCAAAUUCUAAAUCAAAUUACACAAAUGACCGCAUUUGAAAUGGCUAAAGGAGAAGCCUGAGGUUCUAACAAAAAGGCCUUUUUCAAAGUUUCAAUGUUUAAAAAAACUCUUUGAUCGUCUUUUAAAAAUUCUAAAAAGUGUUUCAUUCAAGAUAGUCGACUGGCUAAAACUUCCUCCCAGUGAGAGACCUGGCCUAAUCACCGCCUAUUAUCAUGAACCUGACGGCGCUGGUCACAGAGACGUCUUGCAUGUUGGUUAUGAUCUUCUUAUGAAAUUUAAAGCUCAUUAUCUAUAUUUUUGACCGUAAUAUCUCGGUACGAUUGCGUGGCGGCUUUUGCGGGGAAUGGUAGUCUAGCUUGAAAAUAAUCUGGAAAAAAAGCUCUUAGUCUGUUCUGGGCCACCUUGUCACAAAUUUCGCUUUCUUGCGAGCUACAGAAGACUUCCCUUCGAUGCGCGUGGCUUUUCUCUGUGCAUGCGCCUUUAAUAACGGAAGUUUAGGGCUAAAUAAAAGGUGCAGCCCUUCCCAUUUAGCCUGUAAAGGUACUGGAAAAUUCUUUGAAGAUUUUUGAUAACUUAAGGUGUUACUUGGACGUUUUUCAAAUGGUUUCAGGAUUAUUAUUUGAUAAAUGAACUUAUAUAGUCCAUUCCGCGCUACCUUGUCACGAUUUUUGCUUCCCUCCGAGCUACAAAACCCUUCGCUUCGAUACGCCCGACCUGACUCUCAACAUGCGCCUUUAAUACUGAAUGAGGAGGAGAUGCACCUUUUACUUAGCCCUAAACUUCUAUUAUAUUAAAGGCGCAUGCACAGAGAUAGGCCACGCGCAUUGAGGCGAAGGGUUCUGUAGCUCGAAGGAGAGCAAAAAUCGUGACAAGAUGGCCCGGAAUGGACUAUAUACUUUCAUUUGUCACUUAAAGGCAUAGGGGCAGUAAAAAAUGGGGUUUCAGGUGAAAGCAGUAUCUUAUACAGUUUUUCUUUGCGAAUCGAAUGGUGUACUCAAAAAAAUUACAGAAGUGACAACUUUAGAAGAAAAAUGCGAUUUUACUUUCCCGCCAUUAAUUUUGAAAAAAGCUUUGGAUCGGCCUACGGACAAAUGUUUACAGUAGCCGUGCACGCGAUGUUGCGGACGUCUCAUUAGACUCGCAUUUUGGGAGAAAUAACCGGCUAUCUGCUUCAAAUUAAGGGUUUCUUCUCUGAAAAACCGAUUAAGAAAACAGAAAACACACAUUUAUAAUAAAGAAAACACAAAAUAUGGCAAUUCCAAUCGAAAUCUGUGUAAAAUCAUCAUUUUUCACCAGAGAAGCAUUUUUUCGAUCAAAGUUUGCAAAUUAUACAUGAAUAGAAAGCUUUUGUGACGAAAAGAACUUUGGUGACAACAGAAAAAAUUGAAAAUUGAAAGAAACGAAGAAAAAAGCGAAAAUCCGGAAGAUGGCGAAGCCUGUUGUCGAUAGAGCAACUUUACUGCAAAGCGCCCUUUUCGCGGGAACUCAGGCAUUCCUCUCUCCAAUUUUGAAUUAGUUUUUCUCCAAAACUAGGAAGUUCUGGGCAUUUCCAAGUUCACCGUUCGAUUCGCAAUGAAAAGCUCUACAAAAUACUGCUUUGAACUGAAACACCGUUUUUUACUGCCCCUAUGCCUUUAAGCACGCUAAAAUCAUUUGAAAAAGUCCAAGUACCCCUUUGAGUUUCCAAAACUAGCGACGAAAGUUGAAAAUUUUGAAUUUCGCGUUUAAAUUUCUUUUUUCCCGCCAAAAAGCCGCGUCGUGACCGUAACGAAGUACUACGGUACACUUAAAAAACCCGAAAGAAGUAACUACAAAAAAAUAAUUUCCUCUAUUCAGAUCAAUCCCGAACUCGAAACCACUGAAAAAAACCUCGAUAAGCUUUUCCGAGCCUUGGCCGAGGAAAAUUUGCUAGAAUGCAUCAAUUUGGUCAUUCUCAGUGAUCAUGGUUCGGUUUUUGAGAUUUUCCAGAACUUUAACUAGGAUUUGAGGUAUGCAAGCCCUUCACGAUAGUUAUUACUUUAACGAGAAAGUGAAAGACGCGCAGAAUAUGGUUUUUACGAGAGGCGUCGUUGGACAUGUUCAUCUCAAUAAUUCGAGUGAGUUUCAAGGGAAAAAUGAAAAAAAUUCAUCUUCUUAUAGUCUGUUCAGAUUUUGAAUGUCAAGUAGAAUGACGUCAUUCAAAAACGCUCUGUGGAUGGCUCACUCUCUGAUUGGUUUAUCGCACCAUUAUGGGCGGAGCUUGAGCGACGAAUUGACAUUCAAAAUCUGAACAGACUAUACGCUUUUGUGCCGCUUGAGUGACUUCAAGCGGAUGAGGCCAGGUCCACUACUGAUAUCGGUGAUAAUCAGCUGACUUGUUCUAGUGACCUAUCCGUCCCUUCAUGUGGAUACUGCGGAAAUUUUUUCGUCUCGAAAUCAAAAACUCGUGCUGCUGCGGAUAUGAAGCCGUGGUUUUCCCAUACAAACAUUUCUUGAACCCUUCAUGCGUCCGGAUCGAACUUGUGACCCUGUGGACCGUAGACAGGCACACAACCUGUUGCGCUACCACGUGCAGUAAAAAGGGCAACUGAGACACAACAGCGCAAGUCGUUUUGGGUCGGAUGCUCAAAGUCAACAUUAGAAUUUGUGAAGAAAAUGGCUUUCUUGAGAUCUCUCAGCAGUUAUCACUGAAAAUCUACAGAAAAUCGGUUGAGACUAUCUGAUUUCCAUACCAAAAAUAUUUCUUCAGGCUUUUUGCUUUUUAAUCCAAUUUCUUUAUUGAGUUUCGCGACUACAAACAGGCGCUCUUAAAUCGAAUUUGAAGCAUUUUAUGAUCCGAUUUGAAUCAAGCCUUUUUGAAGAAAAAUCCGUCGAAAGCAGUUGCAUUUCAGUUCUUGUACCGAUAGUUCAUUCAUAAAGAACUUACUUGUGAACCGCUCCGCAGCCGCGACGCGCCGAGCCAUUCUCAUCGCGACCCGAUCAAUUUAUUUGAACUUUGGCUGAAAAAAUUCCUUGUCAAAAAAUAGGCUCAUGAGUCCGUUUUACAUCUACAUAACUUUGGAUCCAUCAGGAUUUUUUUUUCGGAUAGGAAAUUAGUUGAAAAGUCAUACGACAGUUUUCGCGUGUCUGCGUCUCUGUUCCCUCACCGGCGAGGUCAGAGAAGCAUGGAAAUAGCACGACAACAUGAGAGAGACGUCGAGAGACUAAGAGGGUGCAGAGAAGCCCCGCUGGACCUACAGCUCAUUUAAAGAAAACUUACUUUUGAACCGCUCCGCAGCCGCGACGCGUCCAUCCAUUCCAGCUGCGACCCAAUCGAUUCAGAACGCACCGCGGACGAUGUUGUCAAUGACCUCGGGUGCGGGAAGAUCAAAAUGAACGCCUGGACGCCUGCGGACAUCCCAACACGGCUUCAUCAUUCGGCGAGCACUCGAAUCGGUGACGUCAUCGUCGAGGGACAUCCCGGCAGCGUCAUCUACAAGUUUCAGACACAUUAUUAAAGUUCAAAGAGAGUUUUUUUCAGCGAAAGGAAACAAAAAAAUCUCUCGAAGGGAGAGCAUGGGUACGACAACGUCAUACGGCUGAUGCAGGCGAUUUUCUUCGCCCGCGGGCCCGCCUUCAAGCCCGGCGUCGAAAUGCCCGCUUUUCAGAAUAUUGAGUACAUGAAUUUGUGGAUGGGUGAGCUUCAUUUUUAUCGAAAACUUGGAAUCUUUGAAGGUAUUUCCGUUACGAUUUGGGUAUAGUCUUUUCAGGACACCUUUUCGAAGUUUGAAAAAAAUCUUAAAGGCAUAGGGGCAGUAAAAAACGGUGUUUCAGUUCAAAGCAGUACUUUGUAGAGCUUUUCAUUGCGAAUCGAACGGUGAACUUGGAAACGGACAGAAGUUCCUAGUUUUGGAGAAAAAAUAAUUCAAAGUCGGAGAAAGGAAAGUUUGAGUUCCCGCGAAAAGGGCGCUUUGCAGUAAAGUUGCUCUAUGGACAACAGGCUUCGCCAUCUUCCGGAUUUUCCCUUUUUCUUCGUUUCUUUUAAUUUUCAAUUUUUUCUGUUGUCACCAAAGUUCUUUUUGUCACAAAAUCUUUAUAUUCAUGUUAAAUUUGCAAACUUUGAUGGAAAAAAUGCUUCUUUGGUGAAAAAUGAUGAUUUUACACAGGUUUCGAUUGGGAUAGCGAUUAUUUGUGUUUUCUUUAUUAUCAAUGUGUGUUUUCUAUUUUCUUAAUCGAUUUUUCAAAAAAGAAAUCCUUAAUUUGAAGCAGAUAUCCAGUUAUUUCUCACAAAAUGCGAGUCUAAUGAGACGUCCGCAAAAUCCCGUGCAAGGCUACUGUAAUCAGUUGUCUGCAUACCGAUCCAAAGCUUUUUUCAAAAUUAAAGGCGGGAAAGUAAAAUCGCGUUUUUCUUCUAAAGUUGUCACAUCUGUAAUUUUUUUAAGUACACCAUUCGAUUCGCAAAGAAAAACUAUAUAAGAUACUGCUUCAACCUGAAACCCCAUUUUUUACUGCCCCUAUGCCUUUAAAGUUUUUUAUUCGCUCAGAUAGUGGGAAUAGGCGAUUGGGGACAGGUUUUUCGAAUUUUUUAAGGUUUUCCAAGGUUUUCAAGCUUUCACCCGCUCGAAAAUUGGUUAUAGUAGUUUCAUGGUCAUUUUUUCUGGAUUUUAGGAAUUUUUGAAAGCUCAGCAGCCUUCAGAAGCUCAAAAAUUGAGUAAUGUUCAUUCCUAGCAACUUUAAAAAAUUUCAUGAAUAUCUCAGAAUUUUCGAUAACUUUUAGACACGUUCUCCCAGAUUCCUUGAUGAACCGUUGGUACAAGAUUUUCAAGUUUCCUUUUGAGACUCGAAAUUACUGUCACAGUUACUUUUGUAAGCUUUUAGGCUAGUUACUGUAAGGCUCCGCCCCCUAGGUAGAAUUUCAAGUUGGUUCCACAGAGCUCGUUUCGCUAUCAGAGAUACUACAUAACCUUCUUAACACAUGAAACCCGGUUUUGACAGGCUCCGCCCACUUUCAGGGUUAUGGUAUAGAAAAUACCGUAAAAAGAUAACUUUUUUCCUAGUUGAGGGAUCGACUUCAAACUUUUUUAAAAUGUAGAAAAUGGUUUUCUGAAGCGUUUUCUGUGAAAAAAGAAAAAAAGUUAUUCCAGACCUUCUCAAGCUGAAGAAUCGAGUGCCGACGAAUGGUACCGAAGGGACUUUUGACGAGAUUCUGGUCAAGCCUCCGCUGAGAUCCGACUAUCCGAAACCUUUAAUUCUGUUAGUUGUUUCACAAUAUUCGUGAAACAAGGCAAGUUUUAUUCCGGUAGGGAAAUUGGCCAGAACCCUUCUUGAUGUACCAGAAGAAGAUUCUGGAAAGUCUCAACCUGCACAACUUCCUAGUUUUCGAGAAAUAAGGUCUCAAAGCCUCGAAAAGCCUAUUUUUAAGGAUUCUGAGGGUUUUCUUUGACUUUGAGGACUCUUUUCUCAAGAACGAGGAAGUUGUACAGGUUGAAAUUUUCAGAACCUUCUUCUGGUACAUCAAGGAACGUUCUGGCCAAGUUUCAGAAAAAUUCCGGUCCUUGUGAGGAUAUUCUGGUUUCAAGAAAAAACCAAAAUCAAAACUCAUCAAAACUUGAAAACUCUCUUUAUCACAAGAUAAAAAAUUCCAGAGAAUGCCCGUCGAAUAAAAAGACAGCGGCGAGAAGCUGUUGGACCAAGAAAUGUGUCGAUGACGCUGCGAAUUUGACGGCGAAGCUUCAAGAAUGCGAAAAUAAUCCUCGUUUGCGGGCGCCGAUCGUUUUCAAGGACAGCAUUUGCUUCAUGGACUACUGUGACAGUGUCUUGGUGGCUAACCAAAAUGGAGGUGAAACAUUUCUAGAAGUAAUGCUUGAAAGUUAAUAAUUAACCGCCUGCCGUCGAGCAUUGCUUGUGCUAUCGAAAAAAGGCCGGUUCCAUUUUCGAAAUGAGAAAAAAUAGCCACCAAGCUUCGAAAAUCCUAUGGCAAAAAAUGAAGAUUAAACUUUCUCCUGCCUUUCAAAAAUUGCCGUUUCUAUCAACAAAAAAAAAGAGCCACAGAGCAUUUUUUCUGCAAUGAAUCCUAGCUUCUAAAACAUUUCGAUCAGGAAUUUGGUGUUUCAUCUCAAAAAAAAAAAAAUUUAAUCUAUUUCUCCAACAGCCGUCGAAAAGGCAGAAAUCGCGCUCCAUCGCUAAGUUUGGAACUACGACCUGUUUCCGUCAUUUAUGAUCCCAAAACUUUUGAUACGGCCUAAUACUCGGCUGAAAAUUAAGAAAACUAGUCACUAUAAAUUUGAGAAAAAGCCCAUAUUUCUUCAAAUGAUCUAAAACAGGUCAGGUUAUUUAUUCUGAUCAUUUACAUUGAAAGUUUGGGUAAAAAAAAUCUAGUGGCCACUUAAGAGGUCACUCCAGGGUUACUCAAAGAAGGACACUAAAAUGGCCACUAAAACCAUUAUUUUACGUCUGAGUGGCCACUAAAGUAAUUUUUAGGGGUCUAGUAGUACCACUUGGACUUCUAAAGAGGCCACGAAAUUUUAGUCACUCAAGUGGUCACUAAUUCGACUACUUAAAGAGGUCACUAAAUCUUUGUCACUCAAGUGGUCACUGAUUCGACUACUAUAGUGGUCACUAGAACGUCAAAACCCUAAAGUGGCCACAUUAAUUUGCGUCUUAGUAGCCACUACAGCGAUUUUUAGGGUUCUAGUAGUACCACUUGGACUUCUAAAGGGGCCACUAAAUUCUAGUCACUCAAGAGGUCACUAAAUCGACUACUAUAGUGGCCACUAGAAAAUCAAAACCCUAAAGUGGCCACUACACAAGUCUUUGCGAUCGUUUUCCGAUUUGAUUGAUUUUUUUUUGUUUCUAGCAACAGUAUGACCAUUACUAGGUCUCAGAAAUUGAUUAUUUGAAACUUUUUUUUUUCUAAUCACAAUCAUGAGCUCCUCCAGUUCAAACGACCCUCGUGGAAUGGAUCGAAACCGCCGAAACUGGUCCGAAUCGCUGCGAGAUCAUCAAUGAGAAGUAUUCCAACACGUUCUCUUGCCCUAAAGCGAAGCCAACUGGACGAUUCUUAACCGCCAAUAAUAAUUUUGGUAACUUCCAAGAGAGAUCUUUGGGAAUGUCAUAUUAUUCAGGUGAAUUCACCUCACUAGCUCUUGCUCACUUUGUCAGUACUCAAAGCUUCAAUACGGGUGAGUUUUCGAUUCCAUUAAGCCAUUCCAAAUGCGAUAAUUUUUCUAGAUAUGCUCGACGUGCUUCAAAAGCUCUCCGAGAGCUUUAUUAUCGAUUUCGAGCGACUUUUGGUCAUUUCCGGUACCGCCCAUGAUUCAAAUCACGACGGAUUGGCUGAUGACAAGCCGACGUGAGUUUUUCCGAGUGAUCACUGGAGGGAAAAGUCAAGAGGUCACUUGAAAGGUGCUUCUCUUGUUUUUUUUUUCUCUUUAGGCCUGUGAAAACAAGGAGAGCCCCUAGUAUUUCAAAUAUCUGAAGUUAAAGAGACAACUUGGAAUAGGUCAAGUGGUCCCUUAAGGGAAAAUUAAUACUCAACCAAAAAAUCGGGUCGAUUUUUAAGCCUUUCUCUCUUCCAACUUGACAAAGCAUAUAAAAUCGAACCUUCGAGCCCUUAAGUGGUCUCUUGUUUUUUCGAUUUUCAAAAGCAACCCCUUAGGAUUCGACAAGUAGUCACUUGAGGGGCACUUUCUCUAUUUAUAAAUUUUAUAUUAACCAUUUAUGAACUAAAUCCAGCUUGAGGUUGAAAAAUUGGAAAGAUUUCGAUGGUAGCCUGAGAGGCCACUUAAGUGAUCACUUGGAUCUUCCAGGACACAUCUAAAAUUCCAAAAAACUUUUUUUCAACUUCAAAACUGAAUUUUCUUUGUCCCAUGCUCUUUCUAGCUUCUGGAAAAAAAAACCUGACAAACGGCUGAUUUUUCAUUCUCAGUGGCGCCCCAACGCACUUCUACCGUAUCCUAGCGAGAUGCGACAGUGACUGGGCCGAUUCGGCGGCACCUCGGUGCAGAAAACCCGAAGAUCUGAAGACGAUCGCCUUCAUUUUGCCCAUCAACGACAAGCCGAACCGCAAUUGCUUGGUAUGGCUUAGUAUUGCUCAUAUUAGCUCAUGAUAUCUUAACCAGGACCAAAAAAGCCUUCUCAACGCGUACAUGGCGCGGGUGAAGGACGUCGAGCUCAUCUCCGGCCUCGAAUUCCAGUUCGACGGCUUGGAUCGUCGAGCAAAUAUGCUCCUCCGCACCAAGAUUCACAAGAGACUUUGA